AUGUCAGGAAACCAAUCGCAGCAACCCGGCCUCGUUCAAGGUCACGUUCAAUAUGUCAAAGGCGUUGCCGAGGGAACCGUGGGAGACUUGACCGGAUCCCAGCCUUGGAAGGAGUCGGGCGAGCAGGACAAGGCUGCUGGACUGUCGGCCAUGAGGGAGGCAGGAGAGAAGAGAGACCCUUCUGCUCAGGGCUACGGCAAAGCUGAAGAGCUGGCCGGCAAGCUGACGGGGUGCGACGGCAUGAAAUCGGAGGGUGCGGCUAGCAGAAAGAAGGACUAA